AUGGACGCCCUGCCAAUCUUCCUCUCCACUGCCGCCAUCACCUCUUCCCACAACGUCCAGUCCGCCGACAAUAUCCUUCCUAUGAGUCGUCACCUGCGCCGCACCUCCGCAGUUCUCAACAAGAAGGGUUCUCCCCCUGAGAGCAUCGCCACAACUGUCCGGCCUUCUUCGUCUUCGCCCUUAUCGCCUCAGGGCAAGGAGGCCACCCCCACCGACGUCCUCAGGAGGCCGAUCGAAGAGACGCCCAAGCCAUCCUUCCUUAACUCCCUCAGAAAAACCUUCAAUGCCAUCAUCAACAAUUUCAUCGACCCCGCCGCCCACCGCCCCUCCGUCAACCCCCGCUACGUCCUCGCCCACAACUGGGCCCCCGUCGGCGAGCUGCCCCCCACACCUUCGCCCGUCGUCAGGGGAAGAAUCCCCCUCGCCCUCCGCGGCGGCGCCUACGUCCGCAAUGGGCCGAACCCUCAGCACCUCCCUGGCGGGACGCACCACAUCUUCGACGGCGACGGCAUGCUUCACUGCCUUCACCUCUCCGCAGGUAGUGAUGACACUGCCCCUGCUACUUUUUGUAGCCGUUAUGUACAAACCUGCAGGUACCUGUUGGAGCGGGAGGCCGGCAGGAAUGUCCUCCCUAACAUCUUCUCGGGCAUGAACGGCGUCAAUGGCCUCGUUCGUCGCGCCGCGGUCGUAGCCCGCGUGAUCACGGGAAAGAUGGAUCUCUCCGCAGCUAUCGGGCUCGCAAAUAUCGCCCUCGGCUAUUUCGGCGGUCGGCUCUUCGCCCUCGGAGAGGCGGAUCUCCCCUACGCCAUUCAUCUCUCCCCAUCUGGCGACGUGAUCACCAUCGGCAGGUGGGACUUCGGGGGCAAACUCUCCAUGGGCAUGACAGCCCAUCCCAAGAAGGACCCCAUCACCGGCGAGGUUUUCGCAUUCCGUUGCGGCCCGGUACCUCCCUUCGUCACCUACUUCCGUUUCGACGCCGAAGGAAAGAAGCAGCCGGACGUGCCCAUCUUCUCCGUCAGGCACCCCUCCUACCUCCACGACUUCGCCAUCACCGAGAAGUAUGCCAUCUUCUGCGACAUGCAGAUCGUAAUGGAGACGUUACAGAUGGUGCUCGGUAGUGGGUUUCCCUUUGGUACCGACGCUAGGAAGGUGCCCAGGGUCGGUAUACUACCGCGGUACGCGGCGUCAGACAGUGACAUUAGGUGGUUCGACGUGCCCGGAUUCAAUCCGGUGCACACCAUCAACGCGUGGGAGGAUGACGGCGGCGACACCGUGGUACUGGUGGCGCCCAACGUGCUGUCCCUGGAGCAUGCGCUGGACAGGAUGGAGCUGGUUCACUGCUGUGUGGAGAUGGUUAGGAUCGACCUCAGGACCGGGGCCGUGUCCCGGACCCCACUUUCUGCAGGAAACCUCGACUUCGGCGUGAUCAACCCUUGCUACCUGGGCCGCCGAAACCGCUACGCGUACCUCGGCGUGGGGAGCCCGCAGCCGAUGGUGGCUGGGGUGAUGAAGCUAGACAUGGUGAAGAAGGGCGUUGACUGCGUGACCGCGUCACGAAUGUACGGUCCCCGGAGGUUCGGCGGCGAGCCAAUCUUCGUGCCUGCGCCGGAUGAGGGCGAGGAGGAGGACGAUGGGUACCUGGUGACGUACUUGCACGACGAGAACACGGGGGAGUCGAGUUUCCUCGUGAUGGACGCGAGGUCGCCGGACCUGCAGGUGGUCGCCGAGGUGUCCUUACCGCGACGGGUGCCCUACGGUUUCCACGGCCUCUUCAUCACGGCGGCGGAGCUCCGCGCACAGAAGGGGAAACCCUAG